AAUUAAUUAUUCUCAUUUGCAUCCAAAAUAUAGGACAGCACAGGCUGUUGGCAAAGGAAACAGGGAGCAUCAGCACGCUCUCCGGUUUGGUGGCUUGUGGAGCUGCCGGCUGUUGCAACAGGCUGGGGACGGUGCAGCUGGCCCCACUGUCCCCUCGCCCUCCUGGGCAGGGAAGCGGUGCGUGCUGGCAGGCAGGACACCCUAAUUUUACAUCCUCCCUCCUUCUCUUGCAGCCAUGUUACCUCCGAGACUGGGAGAUGCAGGUGCAUUUUAAAAUCCACGGGCAAGGCAAGAAAAACCUGAACGGAGACGGCUUUGCCAUCUGGUACACCAAAGAUCGCAUGCAGCCAGGACCUGUCUUUGGAAGCAAGGAUAACUUCCUGGGCCUGGGAGUGUUUGUGGACACCUACCCAAACGAGGAGAAACAGCAGGAGCGCGUCUUCCCCUACAUCUCUGCCAUGGUGAACAACGGCUCUCUCACCUAUGACCACGACCGGGAUGGGAGACCGACUGAGCUGGGGGGCUGCACGGCCAUGGUGCGCAACCUCAACCACGACACCUUCCUGGUGAUCCGUUAUGUGAAGAGGAGACUGACGGUGUUGAUCGACAUCGACGGUAAGCACGAGUGGCGAGAAUGCAUCGACGUGCCGGGUGUGCACUUGCCCCGUGGGUACUACUUUGGGACCUCUUCUGUCACUGGAGACCUAUCAGACAACCACGACAUCAUUUCGCUGAAGCUUUACCAGCUGACGGUGGAGCGGACGCCGGAAGAGGAGAAGCGGGACAGAGAGGUGUAUCUGCCGGUCGUGGACAACCUGAAGCUGCCAGGAAUGGAGGCACCGCUGGAGCCCAUGAGCGGCCUGGCUCUCUUCUUAAUCGUCUUCUUCUCCCUUGUUGCCAUCGUUUUUGCCAUCGUCAUUGGAGUCAUCAUCUACAACAAGUGGCAGGAGCAGAGCCGGAAACACUUCUAUUGACUUGGGAACCCCCCUGGGAUGGCCCGUUGCUAGUCCUGGCUAGCCACCCCGCCCCCCCCCCGCCCCAGACUGGCCAGAGUGUGAUGGACCAACCCUCAUGGCAGGGACCCUUGUGUCCUCCCCUCACAAACCCCAGUGGGGACGGCUGCCACUUCUUAUCGGGCUCCAGAACUCCCACGCCGCUCCCGGUGGGAGCAGGGGAUCCCCAGUGCAGCGUGCGAUGGACUGGGAGCCCGGCGCCACGGGGAUGGACCUGCCGUCCCCCGAAGGAGCUUUGCUUUGUGAGUUGUUUAGGAGGACGGGCUGGGCCCCGGUGCGCUGGUGGUGCUGAGCCAUCUCUCUGCCAUCCAGGGAGCCACAACACGGGCAGAAGUCGCCACCUUGGCUGUGAAAUCCCUGCUGAGGGACACCAGCGAGCGCUUGAUUUCCUCACCAAGCUUUUUCCACAACCCCUUGCGGCGUUACCGUAACCUCGCAACCCCUCGUCUCCAGCAGUUUCAUUUCCAGGAUGGAUUUCCCAAGCUGUUCAUCCCGCUCCGGCUGUUUUCCAUCGCCUGCCUUGGGCUGUCUUUGCAGACCGGACGGCUUUUCUUUUGUCAUUUGAACUCCCCUGCUGCCCCAUAACCCCUCUCUCGCUUGUUAAGUUGCCGAGGUUUGGUGUUUUGGGGAUGCUGAUGGUUUUUCCCCGGCAGCAAGGCAGGUUGAGUGGGAACCUGCCUGGUGGCCGGGCUCCCCCCUUGGGGAACAGCCGGUCCCCGCCGCGAAGCCGACCUCGCUGUAAACCCUUCCUCGUUUUUGGGGUGUAACGCUGGGCUCCCCAUUUCUAAUAACCGUUUGCUGCUGCGUCUCGGGGCUCAGCCCCUCUCCCUGCUCCCCAGGGCCGCCGCCGAGCAUGCCACCGCCUCCGCACGCCUCCCGUCCUGGCGCGGCCUCCUGCACCGGCGCUGUUUGCAUGUCGUGUCGUGGCUUCUGGCAGCUUUUCCCUCGGUGCUCUCUGCAUCCCGGGGGCCCCUCCGAGGAGGCGCUGAGCCUCUGUGGGGUGUUUUCCCCUGCCUCUCGGAGCCGGAGCUCUCGCUGCCUUUCAGGGAGUCGUCGUUUCUUCCUACCUCAGUGACUGCCUUGGUCAAUGACUUCUCUGCGUUUCUCUUUCUGGUUCGUCACAGCCGCCUUCAGCCGUGGGGACCUCGUCGGUCGCUCGCAAGGUGACAGCAUGGAGGGCGCAAGGUCCCCGCAGGGACCCAGGAGAGGGAGAUAAUUAGGUCAAUUUGUCCCAGGGGAGUCCUAGUGGCUUUGGGGACAUCAAGAUGGCAAAUUUGCCACCCCACCGGCCCCAUCAGCGGCAGCCCCCUCCUCGCCGGUGUCCUGGGGAGCUGUGUCCUCGCCCUGCUGCUUUCCAGGACCCUCGCACCCGGGAUGGAUCCCCACGGGGGUCCCAGUGGUGCCUGGGGACACACACACGUGUGGCUGGGGGCUUUAUUUGGCAGGAUGCUGUCGUCGGGGGAGGUGGGAGCCUUUUUUUUUUUUUUUUUCCAAGUGCCCAAUGCUGGUUGUGUUGUGAAAGGAGAGUUUUUUUCUGGUGUUUUGCCUCGUUUUUGCCUGAUAACCAGGAAGCGAAACGCGCGUGCCUCUCCCUGGAGCUGUAACUGGUGUCCGGAAUAAACAUCGGUGUG